AUGUCGGAUGAUCUCAUCCCCCAGGGUUCAACCUGGAAGCAGACACAAAUGAAAAUGUCUCUGGUGCUCCGAGCUUUUUGCUUUUUGAACCUGCUGGUCUCAGUCAGAGGUGCCACCAGACUCUAUUUCUUGGGAAUUCGGGAAAUUGAGUGGGAUUACAUCCCGACUGGCAGGAAUGAAAUAAUAGGACAAAACUUCACAGAGGAAGAAGAAGCUGCUAAUUUCCUCUCCGGAGGUGCAGAUAGGAUAGGCAGAGUUUAUAAGAAAGCAGUGUAUAAACAAUACUCUGACUCCACGUACAGCACUGAAGUGACCCAGCCAGCUUGGCUCGGGUUCCUGGGUCCGUUGAUCAGAGCUGAAGUGGGGGAUGAGAUCAUCAUUCACCUGAAAAACUUUGCCUUGCGGCCCUACUCCAUCCAUCCGCAUGGCGUCUUCUACAAGAAGGACUCUGAAGGUGCUCUGUACCCAGACCUGAUGUCUGGCAGUGCUAAGCUGGAUGAUGCCGUUCCUCCGGGUGGGUCCCACAAAUACACCUGGAAUGUGAACGUGGACCACGCCCCAACGGCUGACGAUCCCAGCUGUCUGACAUGGGCCUACCACUCCCAUGUGGACGCACCCCGAGACAUCGCAUCCGGCCUGAUCGGGGCUCUGCUCACCUGCAAGCCAGGCAUCUUAGAUGGUGUGUCUUUAACUCGUUCCGAUGUGGACAAGGAUUUCCUGUUGAUGUUUAUGAACGUUGAUGAGAACCUGAGCUGGUACCUUGAGGAGAACAUUCAGAGGUUCUGCAGCGAUCCCGGGACCGUGGACCGAGAUGAUGAGGCGUUCAGAGACAGCAACAUCAUGCUCUCUAUCAACGGCUACAUGUAUGGAAAUCUACCCGGCUUGGAGAUGUGUGCAGGAAACUCAAUAUCGUGGCAUUUAUUGGGGAUGGGAAGCGAGACAGACGUCCACACGGCCUUCUUCCAUGGACAGGCACUGACUGUGAGACACCAGCGCACAGAUGUGGUCAGUCUAUUUCCAGCCACUUUUGUGACUGGCGAGAUGGUGCCCAGGAACAUUGGGAAAUGGCUUUUGAGCUGCAAUGAACACCUGCCAGGUCCCCUGAUCCGGGCUGAGGUCGGCGAUAUCAUUUUGAUAGUUUUUAAAAAUAAAGCCUCCCGCAAGUACUCUCUACAUGCACAUGGUGCCCAGGAGACCAACAGAGGCAAUAUCCCUGCCGCUGAACCAGGGGAGAUUAUUACAUACAGAUGGAAUAUCCCAGAGAGGUCUGGACGCCCGGCGGACUCUGCUUGUAACGCAUGGGCCUAUUACUCCAUGGUAGACCCAGUAAAUGAUUUGCACAGCGGCUUGAUUGGUCCUUUAAUCACAUGUCAAAAGGGUACCCUUAAUGCUGAAAGAACCAGGAAAGACGUCGACAGAGAAUUCAGCCUCCUCUUUUUAAUUUUUGAUGCGAAUCAGUCCUGGUACCUUGAGAACAAUAUAAAAAUAUACAACAAAAAAGAAAUCAGUGAAAUCAAUCAGCAAAAUGAAAGGUUUCGUGAAUGCAAUAAAAUGCAUGCAAUAAAUGGGAACAUUUAUGGUAAUUUACACAGACUUGCAAUGUAUGAGGGAGAACGGGUAGAUUGGACCAGCACGUUGGUUGGAGACAUUAUUCUUCUUCUCAUCUCCCUAGUCCUUGUGGGAGUACUGGCUAUCGUCUCAAGAAAGAAGAAGCGAAAGAAGAACUACCUUGUACCCCAUUCCUUACUCCUGUCGUAG